AUGGAGCGGGUGGAUGCGUGGAUGGCGUGCUUCGCGCUGGCCAUGGCGCUCGUGUGGGGGCUGGCACGUUGGAAUGGCAUGCUGGGCGGUGGCAGAUCGGGGUGGUGGAGGCGCAAGUCGCAGCAGCGGGCAGAUUGUCGCCAGCAUUUCAUGGCGGCGGCCCAUCUGCUGGCCCGAGCACGGCGGCAGCGCAAGGAGCUAGCGGACGAGGGGAGGAGGAGCAGGGGCAAGAGCUCGUCUCUGGCGCGGGAUGCCAUCCGCGAGUGCGAUGUGGCCAUCGCCUGCGAUCCGCGGGACGCCGCGCCUCACAUCGUCAAGGCGCUGGCACUGCAACACCUGGGGCACCUCACUGCCGCGCUGCGAUCGCUCAACACGGCGCUGUCGCCGCCGGCGUCCAAGAGCCUGACGGAGUCGGAGAGGGUGGAGGCGCUGAUCAAGCGCGCGUCCAUCAGCCUCGACGCAUUCAAGACCAAGCGAGGGGUGAAGGCCGCCAUUGCCGAUCUGGAGGAAUGCCUCGCGCUCGAUUCCUCCCCACAAUCGGCCGCUGCGGACGCUGCCCGCCAGAUGCUUGCGAGCUGCUACCAGAGAAUGGGAGGAGGAGCUUCACGAGUCCAUGAAUAG